AGACGUUUGAUCUUAAAGAGAUGUAAGAGCCACUUGGAGUGAGUUGUUGAUCGUGAGGGAGCUAAAAAAUAAAUAAAAGAAUUUCUGAUCUACACAGUUUUCCACUUCAGGCAGAUAAUUUGUCAAUAAAAUGGUGGGCAGCUUUAAAUUGUUAAUAGAUUGAAAAGUAAAAUGACCUUUUAAAUUAUUGAUCCUUCAGUGUCCACAAUAAAGGUUAAAGAGAACACAUUGGGCUGAACAAGAAAAUGACAAGCAAACAUCUGGUCUAAUUGGUCCAUUUAUUAACAGUGACAAACACAUGUUCUACAUGAACCGAUAAUAAAUCUACAUAUCACCUUGAGCUGAUGAUUAUUUCUAGAUCAGGUGUGUUGAGCAGCGAUUAAAUUUUGUCUUUGUAGUUACCCUUUUGGCAUUUCUACAGUUGUUUUUGUCUGGCUAAUGUUAUGAUUUCUGAGGGAUAAAACACACGUUCAUCUGUCAUAAACCCUGCUUAAACAAUAAAAACAAAACAAAAAGACAAUCACAGAAAAUUGCACUGAGCUGCUGUUUAAAUAACAGCAAUAAAGCUCCGGGAGAAUGUCAGUUUUGAGCAGGUUUAUAUAAAAAAAAAGAAAAUAAAACGUUGCAUCACAUUGUGAGAACAGGUGAUGCAACAAUAUGCAGGGCGUUACGUUUUUGUACAUCCCUCAUUGAUGUUUUAGAUUGGACACAUUCUUUCAGCUGUAGUUAUAUUUUCAACCUCCUAUUCUGGCAAAGACCAACUUAAUCAUAAAUAUAUUACAUGAGGCAUCUUUAAUCAACACAUUAACACUGAAAUAAAUGUGGAAGGGAGAAGAAAUACAUGCAAUUUGUUGAUUCUAUUUGGUGACCUGGGAAUGUGCGGGUCCAUUUACAGGCAGCAGAUGGCACACUGUCUGCUGUAUAUUUGCAUUACUUCCUGCGCCACUGCACCACCACCAACCUACAUCAUCUCACGUGCAUCAGAUUUCUAGAUUUUACCCUUUUCACAAAGAGAAAAACAAAACUCUACUCAACGGCAGCUUAGAAGUCGUCUAAUGACGAAAUACUUCACAGCUUGUCUGUGUUUGAGUGCAGUUAUUGGUGCUCUAAAGGUAAACAGAUGCUAAUGUUCAGGAUGUGAACACAGUAUCACUCAGAAAACCUGCUCAACAGGUUUCCAGUUUCUGUUCCUGUUUUGUGACCUCUCCCGCUGCAGCUCCUGCUCGCACACACCUUCCCCUUUCCGUCUCUCCUACUUCGGAGAAACCGGGUGAUCAACAGAGUGUUGUUGCCUUUGUUCCUCCAGCUGAAGUUUGACUAAAGGAGUGGCUCUUUGUUAAGAUCUGUUAAAUCCUCUAUUGUUUUUUCCACAUCUUCAAUCAGACACCUGGUCAUCUUUAAAGAAUUUUGAGGCAAAUUAAAAUGGCUAUUGUCAUUGCAGCAUAAUGUAUAAAAUCUGUAGACUAAUUCAAAGUUUCAAAGUUAUAACGGAUAAGUCCGUUAAAAGGAAAGCGUCUCUAUGGGGAGAUUAAGUUUCAUACUAAUCUCUUUCCAAUGACGUCUUAUUUUUAUACAGGAAAACCACGUCGAUUCUCCAUCCUUAACAAAGAGUAAAUGAUCCUCACGCUGAAGCCAUGGUGAAGUUUACAGCUCUAUCACAAACUCCCCUCUAAUAAAAUGUUACAUUUCAAAUUAAUGCUGACUCAGUAUAACACACAGGAAGAAAAAGGUACUAUUGUGUCGCUUAAAUUGAUCUAGGAGCACAAGUACACAUAGAAUAAGUGGUCAAGGUAAAGAAGCAUGCACAUGCAUAUUUGGGAUCAUGGCUGCAGCAUUGUCUACGGUAUGCACGGUACUUUGUACCAAAGACACUAGCAAGAACAAAUGAUUGAGUGAGCCCAAAAACCAGUGGGAUGACAUUGCAUGAAUGACGAUAAUAUCACAAACCCACGGCUCUGCAAAAGACACGAGCGUAGCAGUGCUUUCGACGACAGACGAGGCUGCACUACACUCUGAGCCAUGAGAGCAAAAACGGAGGUCUUCGCGCUGGUUCUGGGCUUCUUUGGCCUUAUUGGGACCAUAGCUGUCACUGCCCUGCCCAUGUGGAGGGUCUCCGCCUUCAUUGGUGCCAAUCUCAUCGUCAUGGAGGAACUCUGGGAGGGCUUGUGGAUGAACUGCUACAGACAAGCCGAUUUCAGGAUGCAGUGCAAGGUGUAUGACUCGCUGCUCAUUCUUCCGCCAGAGCUGCAGGCGGCCAGGGGGCUCAUGUGUGUGUCCGUAGUCCUGGUUGUUGUUUCCCUCUCCGUCACAGCGUGCGGGACCAAAAGGAGCAGCUGCUGUGACGACAAUACAAAGGGCAAGAACGUCACCCUGGCCCUGGGAGGUGGUUUGCAUCUGCUGUCCUUUCUGACCACGCUCAUCCCCGUCAGCUGGGUGGCCCAUACUGUCGUCAGCAACUUCUACAACCCGACGGUGCUGGAUUCUCAGAAACGGGAGCUGGGGAAGGCCCUCUUCGUUGGCUGGGCCACUUCUGGUGUACUGCUGAUCUCUGGGGUCAUUCUUCUGUUCAGCUACAGCAGGCGCAGAUCAAAGGAGGAAGAGCCUUACGCCGACACUCACCUUAUGGACGUGACGGAUGCACCGAAAGACGGGAGCGUGUACCUAGAGAGGAAGCCAUCCAGCUUUUAUGAGCAUCAACAAUAUGUGUAAAGAACUGAACUGUGCUGCAUUGAAAUGCUGUCUCUGAUAUUUAAAAGGUCCAUUUUAGUUAUCAACU